ACAAUAAUGAUGUAUUUGGCGAAUCAAAUACAUGGUCUAUUAACGAACCAUUUUGAUUAGUUGAUAAUAUUAAUUGAGAAUUUUAUGAAAGAUUCCUGUAAAAGGUUUCAUUAAGGCCUAAUUUAUGUCGAGUAGACCUUGUUGCUUUGUUGUAAAAAUUUAAAAUUGAAGUUGUAGGGAGGGACUUAUGUCACCACAAACAGAGACUAAAGCAAGUGUUGGAUUUAAAGCUGGUGUUAAAGAUUACAAAUUGACUUAUUAUACUCCUGAGUAUGAAACCUUAGAUACUGAUAUCUUGGCAGCAUUCCGAGUAUCUCCUCAACCUGGAGUUCCACCCGAAGAAGCAGGGGCUGCAGUAGCUGCCGAAUCUUCUACUGGUACAUGGACAACUGUAUGGACCGACGGACUUACCAGUCUUGAUCGUUACAAAGGACGAUGCUACCACAUCGAGCCCGUUGCUGGAGAAGAAAAUCAAUAUAUUUGUUAUGUAGCGUAUCCUUUAGACCUUUUUGAAGAAGGUUCUGUUACUAACAUGUUUACUUCCAUUGUGGGUAACGUAUUUGGGUUCAAAGCCCUGCGUGCUCUACGUUUGGAGGAUUUGCGAAUCCCUGUUGCUUAUGUAAAAACUUUCCAAGGCCCGCCUCACGGUAUCCAAGUUGAGAGAGAUAAAUUGAACAAGUAUGGUCGUCCCCUAUUAGGAUGCACUAUUAAACCUAAAUUGGGGUUAUCCGCUAAAAACUAUGGUCGAGCAGUUUAUGAAUGUCUUCGCGGUGGACUUGAUUUUACCAAAGAUGAUGAAAACGUGAACUCCCAACCGUUUAUGCGUUGGAGAGGUUUCCUAUUUUGUGCCGAAGCUCUUUAUAAAGCACAAGCCGAAACAGGUGAAAUCAAGGGGCAUUACUUGAAUGCUACCGCGGGUACAUGCGAAGAAAUGAUAAAAAGGGCUGUAUUUGCCAGAGAGUUGGGAGUUCCUAUCGUAAUGCAUGACUACUUAACAGGGGGAUUCACUGCAAAUACUACCUUGGCUCAUUAUUGCCGAGAUAAUGGUCUACUUCUUCACAUCCACCGUGCAAUGCACGCAGUUAUUGAUAGACAGAAGAAUCAUGGUAUGCACUUCCGUGUACUAGCUAAAGCGUUACGUCUGUCUGGUGGAGAUCAUAUUCAUUCUGGUACCGUAGUAGGUAAGCUUGAAGGGGAAAGAGAUAUUACUUUAGGCUUUGUUGAUUUACUACGUGAUGAUUAUACUGAAAAAGACCGAAGUCGCGGUAUUUAUUUCACUCAAUCUUGGGUUUCCACACCAGGUGUUCUACCCGUUGCUUCAGGAGGUAUUCAUGUUUGGCAUAUGCCUGCGCUAACCGAGAUCUUUGGGGAUGAUUCUGUACUACAGUUUGGUGGAGGAACUUUAGGACACCCUUGGGGAAAUGCACCAGGUGCUGUAGCGAAUCGAGUAGCUCUAGAAGCAUGUGUACAAGCUCGUAAUGAGGGACGUAAUCUUGCUACCGAGGGUAAUGCAAUUAUUCGCGAAGCUAGCAAAUGGAGUCCUGAACUAGCUGCUGCUUGUGAGGUAUGGAAGGAAAUCAAAUUUGAAUUCCCAGCAAUGGAUACAGUCUAGGCUAAGUAAUUAAUGUUCGGUUGAAUUGUAAUUAAACUCGGCCCAAUCUUUUCCUAAAAGGAUUGAGCCGAAUCCAAUUAUUCUAUAUAUACAUUGUAUCUCUCUAUUUAUAGAGACUUAUUUAAAUAUACCGGCAAGAUCUUAAAUACAAAAUGGAAUACUAAACAACUCAAACUUUCUAUUAUUGU